GCUCCUCGUCUCUGGAGUGUCCGAAGUAGAGGGAAGGUUUCGGGACGUCGUAGGACCGAGAGUUUAUGCCCUCUAACCGUUCUAAAAAAAGCGAAUACCGUACUGCAUCUUCCUGUGACGUCCAUCGACGUCACUAGUCGUUUUACUUCGGACAUCCCGUUACUGCUUCCUCUCACCGCACCAUGCGCCUGGAAGGCUCUUGCCACUGCGGCGCCGUGACGUUCUCUCUGGAGUCCAACAGCCCGUGCCCCUACCAGCUGUGCUACUGCAGCAUAUGCCGGAAGAUGGGCGGGUCGGGCGGGUUUGGCAUCAACAUAGGCGGCGAUGCAAGGACGAUGCAGGUGCAGGGGGAGGAGCACGUGGCCACGUACCGCGCCAAGAUGAGGGCGGACACGGGCGAGGUGACUGAGAGCACGGCACAGCGGCGCUUCUGCCGCGAGUGUGGGUCGCACCUGUGGCUGUACGACCCCACGUGGCCCGCCCUCAUCCACCCCUACGCCUCCGCCAUUGACUCGCCCCUGCCCGGCCCCCCUGAGCGCACGCACAUCAUGCUGGGCUCCAAGCCCGCCUGGGUGCAGCCGAGUGUGGGGCCCACGGAUAAGAUCUUCCAAGGUUACCCUGAGGAGAGCCUGGCGGACUGGCAUGCGCGCACAGGGGCCGUUCAGUGACAGGGCUGGCUGGAUUGAGGGGGGUGGAACGGGGUUAGUGUGUAUAGCAGAUGGAUGGACUUGUAGGAUGGCAUGGAUGAAUGUGGUGUACAGGGCCGGAGCCAUGGUUGGUUGGAGGGGCUCAGGUUUGGAAGCAAGUGGGAGGGGAGUAACCUUGCUGGGAAUGGACUCUUUCAUUGAGGCUAGGAGGCAGGGUGGACCUCGGUGAGUGAGAGACCUCUGCUGUACGUUUUGCAACCAAGGGUGUGCACACUGAGGUUGGGAUGGUUUUUCUUUUCAAGAGGCAAGGGGGGGAUGGGGGCAGGGCUGAUUUUAUCACACUAUUUUUUUCUGAUCGUCUGGAAUUUCAUACCAAUUUUUUGGCGAUCCUGAUUUUUCAGACUUGCCAUUUU